CUGUUACGUGGUAAAAUAUGUGAAGUGAUUAAAAAGGCAUGCAGUUGACUGUGAAGUGAAGCAGCGCGCGGACAGCGGUGUGUUCAUGAUGGCGGCGGCGGCGGUGGAGGAAGAGAGCGGCGGCAGCAGUGACUCCGGGAGCACCGCGGAGGAGGAGCGCGUGCGGAGGCUCUUCCACACCUGCGACGGAGACGGAGACGGAUACAUUAACCGGAAUGAUCUGCUGAUGGUCUGCCGGCAGCUGAACAUGGAGGAUUCGGUGGCAGAGAUCAUGGGGCAGCUGGGCGCAGACGAGCGAGGAAACAUCUCCUUCGAAGACUUCACUCUCUGCCGCAUGCAGCUGCUCAACGAGAUCCGCGAGGAGGAAAGCCAGCUAUCACUGCUCUCCAGCGACUCGGAGGAGAGGAAACCUCACGAGAACAGUCUAGGUGUGUUAUCUACCAGCAUUCUCCUGUUCACAUCUCCCUGA